UAGUCUGCUUUUUUUUUGUUCAUUUGGAGGAAUUUCAUAAAUGUAAAAGAUAUAUCAACACCUUUACAAUCACACCGAUGCGCCACAAAUACUAAGAGGGAUAGACUCGAACACAGUACACGAGUACACUCGCCUUAUGUUGUCCACGUUGAUCUGGAGCUUCCUGUUUCACUUUGUCUUAAGUUUUAAGUUUCUUUUGUUGUAAAAUAUAUACAUAUAUAUUCGGACAUUUUCAAUAAGUUAAAAUGGUGGGGCUUGUGACUACUACACAUUGCAUAAGGCCAGUGUUUCUCAUGUGUUUUUUUUUUAAGGCUGAGCUACGCUUGGCUGGAUGUAUCCUUUCGUUUAUAUUUUGAAAGAAAAAGUUAGUAGUUGGGACAAUAACAUAUAGAAUUUGCCACAUGAUGCCUUUAAAUUUUUAUCUAAGAAUUUUUGGAAUAUACCUGGGAGACGAAGAAUAUCAACAAACCAAUUAUGAGUCACUCAAAGCCAUUUUUAUACCAAAUUAAGAAAAAAGAUGUGAUCAAUUGUGUGUAUAAAUAAGGUCACAAUAGCCCUCACAAUAGCCCUCUACCUAUUCACAAAUCAACACCAUUACUUAUUCUUACUUAACUCUAGAAUCAUGGCAAAUCACUCGAAACAAAUAUUCAAAACCCUAUUGUCUUUCUUCUUAUUUGUUUUACUCCUUUCUGAUACUGUCUCAUCGGUCCGGAAAUCAAUCAACCUGAAAAAACCAUGCAGAAGUUUCCUCUUCCAUCUCCAUAACGUUGCGUACGAUAGUGAUAACACGGCUAAUGCCACAUCAGCAACAAUCAUAAACCCUUUAGGACUAGGGAACUUCAAUUUUGGAAAAUAUGUAAUCUUUGACAACCCUGUGACAAUGGAUGAGAACUACCUCUCCGAACCAGUGGCUCGUGCACAAGGCUUCUUCUUCUACAACAAGAAGACGACUUACAACAUAUGGAUGGCUUGUACAUUGGUUUUCAACUCGACGCAACACAAAGGGACAAUGACCAUAAUGGAUGCGAAUCCGAUGAUGGAGCCUACCAGGGACCUAGCGAUCGUUGGUGGCACUGGUGAUUUCAUCAUGGCUCGUGGGAUUGUUACGCUCACGACUGAUCUCAUUCAAGAGAGCAAGUAUUUCCGUCUCAAACUGGAUAUUAAACUCUACGAGUGCUACUAAUAUGUAUAUGUUCCUUUUCUUCUUUUGGAUUUGAUGUGUGUGUGUGGACAUUUUAACAUUGCAUUCAACGUGAUGUUUCUUCAAGUUUUUAAUGCUAUUGUAAUUCGCUUGUAACGAGUUUUAUGAUGAAAUAUAUUUUUUGUUUUGCUUA